CUCUUCUUGUUUUCAGAUGCUUGUGAUCUCACACUGGAUCCAAACACAGCAAAUACUAGACUCAUCCUGUCUGAAGGGAACAAAAAAAUGACGUGUGUGAAAGAUCAUCAGCCGUAUCCUGAUCAUCCAGAGAGAUUUGAUAGCCUUGAACAGGUUCUGUGUAGAGAGAGUCUGACUGGACAGUGUUUCUGGGAGGUUGAAUUGAGAGGCUGGGGUCACGUAGCAGUGACAUAUAAAGGAAUCAACAGGAAAAAACGGAGUGACUGUAGGUUUGGAUACAAUGAAAAGUCCUGGAAUCUUUAUUGUUGUGAUACAAUUUACUCUGUCUGGCACAAUAAUGAUAAGACAAACAUUCCUCAUCCUUCAUCAUCUGAUAGAGUAGGUGUGUAUCUGGAUUGGUCGGCCGGCUCUCUGUCCUUUUACAGUGUCUCUGACACACACACACUUACACACUUACACACAAUCAACACCACAUUCACUGAACCCCUCUAUGCUGGAUUUAGACUUUAUCCAGAUUCUUCUGUGUCUCUGUGUCAGAUUUAACUGCAGAGACACAUAUGGAAGCCCAUUUCCACAUCAGAGCAAGACAACAAUUUUGACUUUUUAUCUUAGAAUUACAAUAUCCUUGCAUCAUUAUUACUUUAAUAACUUUAAUAAGUAGCUGCAAUUUAUCUAUAGUUACACUGUGGGAUAUAAAAUCAGAUUGUAAAUUACUGUUAUAUGAGUUGCAGUUAUGAGAAAUAAAACUGAGAUGUAAAGUUGCUUUUUGAGAUUGUCAGAUAGUGAAAUAAUGUUUCAUAAUUGAGUCAUCAUUGUUUCAGAGGAUUCACAGGCUGUUUCAUCUGCUGGAUUGUCAGGAACUGUUAGGUCAGUGGCUACGUUUACAUGCACACUUUUUG